AUGACACCAGAUGAAAAUGCCCUUAUUACUCUAAAGAAAGGUAGCAAGCUUAUCAAGUAUAGCCGGAAAGGGAAACCCAAGAUUCGUACUUUCAGACUUGCUAGUGACGAAACAACAUUAAUUUGGUUUUCUCACAAAAGGGAGAAGUUCCUCCGACUGUCUUCUAUCUCUAAAGUUAUUCCUGGGCAGAGAACUGCUGUUUUUAGGAGGUUUUUAUGCCCUGAGAAGGACUAUCUAUCAUUUUCACUCAUAUACAAGAACGGGCAACGUUCCCUUGAUCUGGUUUGCAAGGAUCAAGCUGAAGUUGAAGUGUGGUUUUCAACACUCGAGGGGUUAAUAAGUUCAUGCUGUAAAAAUUCUACGAUUGAUGAGCACAAGGAUAGAGUAUCAUUAUCUGAUGAAAUAUCAUAUUAUCAAGAUAGUCAUUCAUAUGAUACAACACUAGAUAUCGCUUCAAGUAUUUCACGUAGUUUCCAAACUGCUGGUAACAACAGAGCUAAUUCUUUUAGCUUUAGAAGAUCAGAUGCUGGAUCUGAUCGUGCAAAUAUGAUAAGAACAAGUGGUGCAGAUAGUACUCGACUUAGUAUUUCCAGUGCUGCCCCUAGUUCUUGCAGUCAGGGUUCUGGAACAGAUGACAUAGAGUCCCUUGGUGAUGUUUAUGUAUGGGGUGAAGUAUGGACUAAUGUGGCCCCAUCAGAUGGACACAUAAGCUCAUCAUGCUCAAAAGUAGAUGUUUUGAUUCCCAAACCUUUAGAAUCAGAUGUUGUCUUAGAUGUUAAUCAGAUAGUAUGUGGUUCAAGGCAUGUUGCUCUUACUACCAGACAAGGAGAGGUGUUCACAUGGGGUGAGGAAUUUGGUGGGCGCCUAGGUCAUGGAACUGAUGCAGAUAUAAGUCGUCCCAAGCUUGUUGAGUCAAUAUCCGUGACCAUAGUUGAUUUUAUUUCAUGCGGAGAGUUCCAUACAUGUGCUAUAUCUGCUUCUGGUGAUCUGUUCAAUUGGGGGGAUGGUUCUUACCAUGCUGGAUUGCUUGGAUAUGACACUGGAGCUUGCCAUUGGCUUCCAAAACAUGUCUCAGGGCCCUUAGAGGGGCUUCAAGUACUAUCUGUUGCAUGUGGCUCAUGGCAUUCAGCAUUGAUCACAUCAAGUGGAAAAAUUUACACAUUUGGUGAUGGAACAUUCGGAGUUCUUGGGCAUGGGAACCGUGAAAGUGUUGCAUACCCAAAAGAAGUAGAAGCCUUGAAUGGAUUUAGAACGGUCAAAGUUGCAUGUGGAGUCUGGCAUUCUGCAGCAAUCGUGGAGGCUACUGUUCAGACAGGCAUUAAUGUGGUGUCUAAGAAGCUGUAUACCUGGGGUGAUGGAGAUAAGAAUCGUCUAGGACAUGGGAACAAAGAAGCUAGGUUGAUUCCUACCUGUGUUCAAGCUCUUCUUGAGCACAAUUUUCAUCAGUUGGCAUGUGGACAAAACAUUACUGUUGCCCUUGCUACAUCUGGUCAUGUGUAUACUAUGGGUAGUGCUGAAAAUGGUCAGCUUGGAAAUGCAAAAUCUGAUGGUAAACAACCUUGUUUAGUCAAAGAUAAACUGGCUAAUGAGUUGGUUGAGGAGAUCUCAUGUGGAGCUUCCCAUGUUGCAGUUCUAACAUCAAGAAGCGAAGUAUACACAUGGGGAAUGGGGGCCAAUGGAAGACUUGGUCAUGGUGACGUCAAUGACAAAAAGGCACCUACUAUCGUUGAAGCACUUAAAGAUCGGCAUGUCAAAAGUAUAUCAUGUGGUUCAAAUUUCACAACAUGUAUUUGCAUACAUAAGUGGGUAUCAGGUGCAGACCAGUCCGUUUGCACAGGUUGUAGGCAAGCAUUUGGAUUCACAAGAAAGCGACAUAAUUGCUACAACUGUGGGCUAGUACAUUGUCAUGCUUGUAGUUCAAGAAAAGUUCUCAAGGCUGCUCUAGCACCAACUCCUGGCAAGCCGCACCGUGUAUGUGAUUCAUGUUUCCUUAAACUGAAGAAUGCAGAUACCAAUAUUAACAAUGUCAGCAAAAGAAACGCUCCUACUCGUCGCUCUAUUGAUGGUAGAGAAAAGCCAGAGAGGCCAGAAAUAAGACCAUCCAAGCUUGUAGCAACACCAUUAGCGGAGCCAGUCAAGUAUAUGGAGGUAAAAGCAGCUAAGAGUGAUAUGAAAGCUGCAGACUCGUUCAUGAAGGCAUCUCAGGCUUCAGCUCUAUUACAGUUCAAAGACCUUGGCUUUGCUGCUCAAUUUGGUGCGCUUCAACCAAUGGGAAUGUCACCAGUGCUGGCUAUCUCGCCUGCAAUACCUGCAUUUUCUUUAGCACCACCAUCUCCAUACACAAAGAAAACAAAAUCACCUCCUACUGCUGCUAUUCCGCAGAGCUCUAAAGUUGAUUUUGAUAACUUGCAAAAGUCAAAUGAGUUGCUGAAUCAAGAACUUCUAAAGUUGCAAUCUCAGGUUGAUGAUUUGAAGCAUAAGUGUGAAGCCCAACAUGAGCAGCUUCAGAAAUCAGAUAAAAGAGCUAAAUCAGUUGCCUCUAUGGCUGCUGAAGAAUCCACCAAACGUAAUGCUGCCAUGGAAUUUGUUAAAUUUCUAGACAAUGAGCUCAAGGGGAUUGUGGAUAAACUGCCUAGUGAUGCUGUCGAUAGCAUAAAAGCUUUACAGGUUCAGACUCAUUCACUCCUGAAGGAGCAAUCAAGUCAUCCAUCAGAGCUCAUGAAUACCAUGGAACGUGAUCAUCUUCAUCUGUCUAGUGGCGGAAGUGGAAGAUAUGAUUUGGUCGGUCAUAAAUCAGGUGUAGGUUACUUGACAAUGUCUCAGGAUGGUAGACCUGCUAGUGGCUCAGCUAUUUCCAUCACUAGUGAAUCCCCAUCCCAUUGCUUCAUGGAAAACAGUGCAAAGGCCCAAGGUGAUUUUGCCCCGAAGCAUGGUACCCAUGGAGAAGUGCAACUAAUUGAGCAGUUUGAACCUGGCGUCUACGUGACACUUAUCCAGCUGAAAGAUGGCACCAAAGUAUUCAAGCGGGUCCGAUUCAGCAAGAGGAGAUUUAUAGAGAAUCAGGCUGAAGAGUGGUGGAGGGAAAACCAAGAACGGGUCUUCAAGAAAUACAACCAUCCAACUCAAACACAUGGAAACACGACAUAUUCUCAUGAGGAUUAA